AUGACGCGAGAACUCCCGCUCGCGGCGUUGUUCGCGCGCGCCGAUCGCGCGGACGCGUCGGUGGAGACGUGUGAGGCGUUCAGGGACGCCGUGCGCGCGACCGGGGGACUGGGACGGGCGGAGACGUUGGAUGAUUUGGAUCGCAUCGGGCUAAAGCUUGCGCUGGGGCAUCGAUUGGCGGGACGCGCGCACGCGCGAUGCGGACGCGAUGGCGUCGAACGGGCGAUCGAUGCGUUGGAGGCAUUCGUCUCGCUCGUGCGCGAGCUCGAUGGGGUGCCGCGGGAGGAGAUGGCGGCGUGCGAGGGAGAGGAAGAGGGGACGUCGCGGCGGGCGCGGGGCGGAGACGGACGCGCGGAUAAAGUGCGCAGAUUUAAGGCGAAAAGGCGGUGUGAGAAGAGAAUGGAGGAGAUUGAGGAGAUUUUGAAGCGACGAUCGAGGGUGGAGGAGGAAUCUGGGAGUGAAUCCGCGUCGGAGGAGGAUGAGACGGAUCACGACGCGCUCGAGCGGGAGUAUUGGAUGAAACGCAUCGAGCUCGAGACGUACGAGACUUUGGACGAACUCCCGAGCCUGAGAAUGGAGAGAGAGAUGUUUUUGAGACGGGAUGAGCUCGAGGAGGCGCGACGGGCCGAGCGAGAGCGCAUGGACGCGGAUGAGCGCGUCGGACGCGACGCCAGGAUCGAGACGUACACGAUCGAGCGCGAGGACGUGAACGCGCUCGCGGGGCCGUCCAUUCUCACCGCCGAUCCGCGCACGAGAUUCCGAACCGAGGUCUUCAGACCCACGGUGGCGUUACCCACGAUGACGGUCGAGCAGUUCGGCGAGAUCGAGCGUCGGGAGAUGCUCGAACGCGAGCUCCGCUCGGCGGAGCGCGAGCUCGAGCGCGCCGCCAUCCGCGCCGCCAAAACAGAGGAACAAAUCGAGGAAGAAGAGCUCGCCGAGACGCGUCGAUGGGACGCGUUCAAGGACGACAAUCCCUACGGCUCGGGGAACUCCCGGCUCCGGCCGUGUUCGUAG